AUAUUGAGGAUCGAUAGUCGAACCCGAAAACCCUAUUUUCUCUCUCUAUUUUUCAAAUCUAAAUCUCUUCUUUCUUCCACUUUAAGGGCUAACCUUUUUCCUUUGCAGAAUCUCUUUGAACCCUAACCCUAAACCCCAAAUUUUCCUCCUCUUUCAAUUAACUUCUCAGAAGAAUGGGAGAAACGAGGGACAACGAUGCUUACGAGGAAGAGCUUCUCGACUACGAGGAAGAAGAAGAGAAAGCACCUGACUCCGUCACUGCUAAAGUCAACGGCGAGGCCGGGAAGAAGGGCUAUGUUGGGAUUCACAGUUCAGGAUUCAGAGACUUCCUUUUGAAGCCAGAGCUUCUUCGGGCAAUUGUUGACUCUGGGUUUGAGCACCCUUCCGAAGUGCAACAUGAAUGUAUUCCCCAAGCUAUACUGGGUAUGGAUGUCAUUUGCCAAGCUAAAUCAGGGAUGGGAAAGACUGCGGUUUUUGUUUUGUCAUCAUUACAGCAGAUUGAGCCAACUCCGGGACAAGUUAUUGCUCUCGUUUUAUGCCAUACAAGAGAGUUAGCUUAUCAGAUUUGUCAUGAGUUCGAGAGGUUCAGUACUUACCUGCCUGAUAUUAAGGUUGCUGUCUUCUAUGGUGGUGUCAAUGUCAAAGUACACAAAGAUCUGCUGAAAAAUGAAUGCCCCCACAUUGUUGUUGGGACACCUGGAAGGAUAUUGGCUCUGGCUAGAGACAAGGACCUUUCAUUGAAGAAUGUCAGGCAUUUCAUUCUUGAUGAAUGUGACAAGAUGCUUGAAUCACUUGACAUGAGGAGAGAUGUGCAGGAAAUUUUCAAGAUGACCCCCCAUGAUAAGCAAGUUAUGAUGUUUUCUGCUACGCUCAGCAAAGAAAUUCGCCCGGUUUGCAAGAAAUUUAUGCAAGAUCCAAUGGAAAUUUAUGUGGACGACGAGGCCAAGUUGACCCUUCAUGGUCUUGUGCAGCACUACAUCAAAUUGAGUGAGCUGGAGAAAAACCGCAAGUUGAAUGACCUCCUUGAUGCAUUGGACUUCAACCAAGUUGUUAUCUUUGUCAAAAGUGUGAACCGAGCUGCUGAGUUAAACAAGUUACUUGUAGAGUGUAAUUUUCCUUCUAUAUGCAUCCACUCUGGCAUGUCCCAGGAGGAAAGGCUGACUCGGUACAAGGGUUUCAAGGAGGGGCAUAAAAGAAUUCUAGUGGCCACAGAUUUGGUUGGAAGGGGAAUUGACAUUGAACGUGUUAACAUUGUCAUCAACUACGAUAUGCCAGAUUCUGCUGAUACAUACCUGCACAGGGUUGGUAGGGCUGGUAGGUUUGGUACCAAGGGUCUUGCAAUUACAUUUGUUUCAUCUGCUUCAGAUUCUGAUGUGCUCAAUCAGGUCCAGGAGAGGUUUGAGGUGGAUAUAAAGGAGCUUCCUGAGCAGAUUGAUACAUCUACAUACAUGCCAUCAUAAUGAAGUUGCUUACAGUCGGCAAUACUGGAGUCAGGCCUAAAUUUGCGGGGUUUCCAGAGGCCAUGUGGCUUCUGACUGCUGUUUAAAAGAGUGUUGUAGCCUAUUAGGAUUUGAUGUCAAUCAAUCUCUAAGGGUAAAUUACCUUUUUGAGGACAUCUUUUUGCCGCUAUUCCAGAGAAUUGCAUGUCAUAAGAUAUAAUUUGGAGCUUAACUUCUUUUAAAUCUGUUUCCUUAUAUUUAGUGGUAGUAAUUGUGGAGUAGGUUCCAUUCUUUUCCAUUUUGUUGAUCUUUCAUUAAAUAAAAUUUUCAUUUGGUAGAGUUGGAGUUUAAUCAA